AUUAGUCCAUAUCCAAGAUGGCUGCGCCCGGGUUUGUUGACACCCGCGUUUGACUUGUUUUGCUUUAUUUAGACGUUAUUUACGCAACUAUUUGUACGGAAAUAGCGUCAACGACAUAAAGGCAUAUAACUGUUGCUUCAAACUGUAAAAUAUUUCAUCAAGGCAGUAUUCUUAGCUUGCAGUUGCGAUUUAAAAGUGGGCCAAAUAUAAUUUUAAGUGUUAGACCGAUCGGCCUCAAAUCAACAUUCGUGCGUCCUUGUCCAUACUUAAUCUGGACUAACCCCUAGAGAGAAAUAUUUGACCUUGGUUAGGAAUAUUUGACCUUGGAGUAUCAUGUCAAACUUGUUAGCACGCACGCUCUUCUACCCGACGCUCCUGUAUAAUGUCGUAAUGGAGAAGGUGACGUCACGUCGAUGGUAUGACAGGAUAGACCGUACGGUGCUGCUGGGGGCACUGCCCUUCCGGUCAAUGACACCGAUGCUGGUACAAGAGGAGGGUGUGAAGGCAGUGGUGACCAUGAACGAAGACUUUGAACUCAAACGCUUCACAAACUCAAUGGAGGAGUGGUCGCGUGCGGGAGUCGAGCAGCUACGACUGACUACGAUAGACCUGACGGGAGUGCCGACCCACGAGCACCUGAAGCUGGGCGUGAUGUUUUUACUGAGGCAUCGCGAACAGGGAAACACUGUGUACGUACACUGUAAGGCUGGGAGGAGAAGGAGUGCUACAAUGGUGGCUUGUUAUCUCAUGCAGUUACAUGGAUGGACCCCAGCAGAAGCUCAUCUGUUCAUCAAGGACAAACGUCCACACAUAACCCUGGCUAGAGGCCAGCUCCAGGCACUGGAGAGAUACUACACAACGGAACAUAUUGAAGAAAGAAGAUAGUAAAGACAGAUGUUCAUCAAAAAAGUAUUGAAAUAUUCUGUUGCAAAGUUAGUAUUAAAGCUAAAACAUUUUGAACCGCACAAACCGUAUGAAUUUUAUGAAAAAUGCACAAAACACUAUGCAAAAAUACAUGAAUCUUCUAAAA